GUGAAUUUGGAGAAGUCUGUAGUGGGCGUUUGAAGACACCAGGGAAAAGAGAGAUCCCAGUUGCCAUUAAAACUUUGAAAGGUGGCCACAUGGAUCGGCAAAGAAGAGAUUUUCUAAGAGAAGCUAGUAUCAUGGGCCAGUUUGACCAUCCAAAUAUCAUUCGUUUAGAAGGCGUUGUCACAAAAAGAUCCUUCCCGGCCAUUGGGGUGGAGGCGUUUUGCCCCAGCUUCCUGAGGGCAGGGUUUUUAAAUAGCAUCCAGGCCCCGCAUCCAGUGCCAGGGGGAGGAUCUUUGCCCCCCAGGAUUCCUGCUGGCAGACCAGUAAUGAUUGUGGUGGAAUAUAUGGAGAAUGGAUCCCUAGACUCCUUUCUGCGGAAGCAUGAUGGCCACUUCACAGUCAUCCAGUUGGUCGGAAUGCUCCGAGGCAUUGCGUCCGGCAUGAAGUAUCUUUCUGAUAUGGGUUAUGUUCAUCGAGACCUAGCAGCUCGGAAUAUAUUGGUCAAUAGCAACUUAGUUUGCAAAGUUUCUGAUUUUGGUCUCUCCAGAGUGCUGGAAGAUGAUCCAGAAGCUGCUUAUACGACAACUGGUGGAAAAAUCCCCAUCAGGUGGACAGCCCCAGAAGCCAUCGCCUACAGAAAAUUCUCCUCAGCAAGUGACGCAUGGAGCUAUGGCAUUGUCAUGUGGGAGGUCAUGUCCUAUGGAGAGAGACCUUAUUGGGAAAUGUCUAACCAAGAUGUCAUUCUGUCCAUUGAAGAAGGGUACAGACUUCCAGCUCCCAUGGGCUGUCCGGCAUCUCUACACCAACUGAUGCUCCAUUGCUGGCAGAAGGAGAGAAAUCACAGACCAAAAUUUACUGACAUUGUCAGCUUCCUUGACAAACUGAUCCGAAAUCCCAGUGCCCUUCACACCCUGGUGGAGGACAUCCUUGUAAUGCCAGAGUCCCCUGGUGAAGUUCCAGAAUAUCCUUUGUUUGUCACAGUUGGUGACUGGCUAGAUUCUAUAAAGAUGGGGCAAUACAAGAAUAACUUCAUGGCAGCAGGGUUUACAACUUUUGACCUGAUUUCAAGAAUGAGCAUUGACGACAUUAGAAGAAUUGGAGUCAUACUCAUUGGACACCAGAGACGAAUAGUCAGCAGUAUACAGACUUUACGUUUACACAUGAUGCACAUACAGGAGAAGGGAUUUCAUGUAUGAAAGUACUACAAGCACCUGUGUUUUGUGCCUCGGCAUUUCUAAAACGAACGAUAUCCUCUCUACUAGUCUCUCUUCUGAUUCUCCAAACAUCACUUCACAAACUGCAGUCUUCUGUUCAGACUAUAGGCACACACCUUAUGUUUAUGCUUCCGACCAGGAUUUUAAAAUCAUGCUACAUAAAUCCGCUCUGAAUAACCUGCAGAUAAAACCCUGGCCCACUGCAGAUUAUCGCUACGCAAUGCAAUAGCUUUAAAACCUAUCUCAGCCCAUGAAUGGAAAACAAAUCCAAAUCCGGUCCUUGAAAAGCAAAGGCUCUAAAGAAGCUCUUCAGAAGAGAUGGUGAAGAAUGAAUUGUUUUACAUAUCACCCAACCACACUUCUUAAAAAUGUGUUUUGGUGUAUUUUCCUAUCAAAUUUCUGUUCUACAAGGCAGUCAGUUAAAUCUCUCAUCUCAUAAUUUUUACUGUACUAGUUCUUUCUUUUCUCCUCUUUUAUUAAAUUUUCUAAAACUUU